AUGGAGCCUCCAACAUACCCCGAAAUUUCAUUCAUUUCCAAGAGCGGAACAAAAUUGUUGGAAAAGAACAUCGGUAACAACUUUCUAGACGUUCUCAACUGCUCAUCGCUUUACGACAGCGUUCUGAACGGAUGCCUUGAGGUUAAAAGAAGGGUGAUGCCGAGGAAACCGCUAAACAGCACACUUAGAGCACAGAUCUGCCCGGAGAUGACUACAUCGAUCACAUCUUCAGCAGAACAAUACUACAGAGAGUUCGCCGCACCCUACUAUAGGGAUUUCGAUGUUCCGGUACGAAGCGAUUUUAUUCCUACUUGCUUUGUUUGCGAUAUAUACGUGCAUCGCAGUGGCUGGCGUCAGCUUCGUAAAGCUCACAUUAGCAUAUGCGUGUAA